UCUCCUUCUCAGAGCAAUGAGCGGUGCGCUUCCGCGAAUCGAGAAGGAGACAUACACAAGACUGUAUUUGAAAACAUUCAAUACCUUGGUUGCUCGAGAAUCAAUGAUCCAUCAAGCGAGUCAGAGAUGUUGAUGAUCAUGCGAUUUCUGGAUGAACAACGCACUGCUACUAGUGUCACUGUAACUCUAGCUGUGCCACAUCUUGCUAGUGGAAUUGUCUUGCUACAUGACAGUGCUGGCGGAGAAUUGGCUUCAUUCCCAGUGCAGAAAAUUCGAUUUUGUGUGCGAGGCCGUUUGGAUUCAGCUCAGGACCAUUGUUUCUGCAUCUCUUUCACGCAUCAAGGAACAAAUGGCGAGCAGAUUCAUCAGUGUCACGUUUUUAGAUGUGGACAACCGAAUACG